GUAAAUUUUAGCAUAUACUUUACAAAUUGGGCUAGUAGUAUAAAUGAUGAUUUUGGGCUGGGUGCUUAAAUUGAAGUAACAGGCCCGAUACUGUUGUAACUUUGUAACUUGUAAAUUGAAUCGUCCCCAAAUGCUCUGAACCAAACCAACGAGCUUAAUCGAUACUGAUGGCCACUCGUAUGCUUCCCGCCACCGUGCAGCGGCACCACCACUAUCCACCGCCACGUGUCUCGAAAUUCCACCACAAAAGUUCUCCUUCUCCCGUCCUCACUUCCUUGGUCUCAUUCUAUAGCCGUAAUCUGUUUGCCAGCAAUUAUUAUCUGCUGACGAGCUCCUCCGUCGACUGUAAUCUUCGCCGUUCAUUUCCAUCUUCACCUUCGAAUCGCCGAACACGGUCCGGUCACUGCCGUGCCGCCAGCCCUGGCUCACCAUCUCCACCAGAAUUGGACCCACCUCCUGGAGAUAGCCGAGAUUCUUCCGGCAUAAUGUCAAGGUUCUCUAAAAUGCAAGAUGCUGUUCGGAUCUUCUUUGCCGUUCUCUUCUGGAUGUCUCUGUUCUUUUGGUCUUGUGUGUGGGAUGGGGGAAACAACGGUCGGCCAAACAAGGGAUCGCAGUUUAGAAAGUGAUCUUGUAAGCAUUUGUUGUAUAUUUUGUACAAGAUUAGGCAUACUAUGGAAAGGUUAAGUGGUCAUUGUUGUAUUGGGAUGAUGAUUUAGGAGAAAAUUAGCUUUUUAUAGUUCUUACAGUUUUGGAUUGUGUAUCUAUCUUUUUCCUGGUUACAGAUUAUGAUAAUUGGAUACAUAUCUCUCUUCCUGAGUGUAAUUCUGUUUACUACUAUUUUUUUGCUCGUGGAUUUAUCAAGUUCUUUUGGUUACCGUAAUCAGCAUACGGAUGUCAGCUAGGAUUUUCCAAGCUUGUUUUUAAACUUAAUGAGGCGCAGAUUUAUAUUGAAGGACUUUGUACUGUUCACAUCUGUGUGCAAGCCUAGUGCCGAGGCAUCUCAGCUAUGUUAUCCAUUUGAACCCGCACUGAGCCAACUCAAUCAAAUACUUGGCAUGAGUAACUAACACAGGGCUCCAUGUAUUAAGGUAUUAAUUGGUUUCAAAUAAACACUGUUAGUUCAUUAGGGUAGAACGGAUGGAGAUAGUAACUGCUAAUGUCGAAAAGGGUCCAUAAGAGUGAAAAUUUAAGUAGGUUUUGGUUUGUCCUUGUUAACCCUAGUCUGUGUUACUCAAGAAAGUAUUUGAACAUCAGCCGGUAAUCUUUUCAUCCCUGUAUUAAUGUUGGAUUCUGAUAUUAUUGUUGGGUCGUGUCACGGAGUGGUCUGGUCUCAUUCCCUUACACGCAUUUAACGGAGGGAUCUUCAUCCCCUUAUGCGCAUUUCAUACAAUGGAAGAGAGCUCAUUCCUUGAGUCGCAAUGAUGGAACGAAGGGUGGUUGUUAUCCCAUGCUUGAUAAGAUCUACCAUUAUAGAAAGAGUAGGACUGGAUUGAACUCUUAUGUUGCUUUGGUACAUUGAUGUGUCAUACAUGUAUCACUAGAUCGGUAAGCUCGUGGUAACUAUUCUGUUUUGCAAGUCAUCUGGAAUUGGGUGGUUGCCUCUCUCCAGAGUCCAUUUCACAUGUUGGUGUCUUACUUGGGGAAUUCAGGUGGUCACCUCUCUACAUAAUUCAACUUAAUCUCAUUAGAGUUGAAGAUAACUCUACUGAUAGAUACCAUUGUGCACAGUGACAGGAGUCAAUACCAAAAUUUGUUUGUCUGAAUUCAAUCUUCUUUAUAUUCCAAGGUUCUGUACACUUAUUUGCCUAAUGCUCC